UGUUUGUUUAUUUAUUUUUUUUUUUUACCACGGCCGGAACAUGUUGAGAAGCCUCCGUUUGCACCGCAUACACACGAAAAGUUUUAACGUACACCCGGUCACAUCAUGGUUGAGACAGACUAGAAAACCAUCGCAGGUUUCGACCGUGCGACGCGAUGGGACAUAAAUAGACCACGUACAGCUGCCGUUUACGGAGAAUCGUCCUAUCUGGCAACCCGGCCGUGGGCCCUCGGACGCCGAGCCUCCAUCCUGGCACUUGCCUUCAUCCUGGUAACUCACAAGUCCCCGGACCAAAAACAGGAACAGGCGCAGGAUGAGUUCAGCGGCAGAGGACGAGGAGGCUGCAACGUUAGAAACGGUCAAGUCCGUCACACUCACCCAGGACAGUGACGGAAGCAUCAUACUGCACUGUCCUCCCAACGAUGAGGACUUGGAGCCCCUUCAGAAGAAACUGCGUCUCUCUACAGAAGAACAGGAAGACUUGGACACACCUCAGUUCUCUGUGGUCACCUUACCGAUGUCGGAGAACGAUGAAGGCUUCGAGGUGACGAUGACGGCCACAGCAGAUGGUGAUCUCUCCGACGACGGCGUUGCUCAGAUUCAGAUUCUGCAGGAGGACGAGGACUCUUUCUCGCCCAAUCAGAAGACAGAGGUGUCACCUGUCAGUCAGGCCUGGUUCACUACGAAAGAAGACAAAGACACACUGGCUAACAAAGGUCAUAAGUGGAAGCAGGGCAUGUGGUCUAAAGAGGAGAUUGACAUUCUGAUGAGCAACAUCGAUCGAUAUGUGAAGGACCGGGGCAUCGAAGACCCGGCAGAGAUCAUUUUUGAGAUGUCCAAAGAGGAGAGGAAGGACUUCUACCGCUCCGUGGCCUUGGGGUUGAACAGGCCGCUGUUCGCCGUCUACAGACGAGUUCUGCGAAUGUACGACAACCGCAACCACGUCGGCAAGUAUACUCCUGAUGAGAUAGAGAAGCUAAAAUCGUUGAGGGAGAAGCACGGGAACGACUGGGCGACCAUCGGAGCAGCUCUGGGCCGCAGUGCUUCUUCUGUUAAAGAUCGCUGCCGACUCAUGAAGGACACAUGCAACACAGGUAAAUGGAGCGAGGAGGAGGAGAGGCGUCUCGCCGAGGUCGUGUACGAGAUGGCGGGCGUGUCGCCGGGGUCGGCGGUCACGGGAGGCGUCUCCUGGGCGUCGGUCGCCGAUCAGGUUCGCACGCGCUCGGAGAAACAGUGUCGGUCGAAGUGGCUGAACUACCUGAACUGGAAACACAGCGGAGGGACGGAGUGGACCAAGGAGGACGACCUGAACCUCGUACGCAGGAUAUCGGAGCUGGAGGUGGAGGAUGAGAAUGAAAUCAAUUGGGAGGAUCUUGCGGGCGGGUGGAGCAGCGUCCGAUCGCCUCAGUGGCUGCGAUCUAAGUGGUGGAGCAUCAAGAGACAAGUAGCCAAUCACAAGGACAUCCCCUUCAGUGUCCUCCUGAAGGGCCUCCAGGAGCUGAUGGCGUCCUCACAGACGGGAUCCGGACCGGGGAGUCCCUCCUCCUCCUCGCUUCAGAUCCGACUCACCCGAUUGGAGGAGAGCGGUGGCAGCCCCGCGCCCAGCUCUGUGGCCGCGCUGCAGAUUCCCGUGCAGAUCCCGCUGCAGAUCACGCACCUGGCCUCGGAUUCCUCCGCAGCAGCCAGCGACAGUGAAACCAUCACCCUGAACACGGGAUCCCUGCAGACCUUCGAGAUCCUGCCGUCCUUCCACCUGCAGCCCACCGGCACCCCGGGGACCUACUACCUCCAGACAACGUCCAAUCAGGGCCUGCCGCUCAGCCUCUCCACCAGUCAGGGCCUUCCGCUCAGUUUAGCCAAUAACAGCACGGUUACCCUGACGACGGGCUCCUCUCCCUCCUCACACGAACACAUCAUCCUGCACAGCCUGUCGACGGACGGCCUCUGCUCUAGCGAUGGUGUCAUCAUCCAGACAGUCACCUCUGACCCCGCCUCCGUCGACCCUCUCAGCCAAUCACAGCUGGUCGUGGAGACAGAGGGGCGGAGCCAGGACGACCACCUCGAUGCCACAAGUCUCCUGGAGGGUUCAGAGAGCGUUGUCAGGGGAACGCAGGAGCCAAUGACGGAUGGCUUCACUGACAAGAUCCGAUCUUGGAGAACCAGGACGGCUCCGACUGAGCUGGACUUUCAUCGUGGCAGACGGCGGUUAGACGGACUACAGGAGGAGCCUGUUAACCCCGGCGAAGACCUACUGUUGCUGCUACACAGGUCAACGCCGCCACCGACAAAGACAGCACCUGUCUGUGUGUUGAACUGCGUCUGCUUUCUGCCUGAAAUGAUAAAAUGCUGCCUGGAGCAAAAGUAAUGUUUGAUCGCGGGUUUCUGAGCUGACGGGGGAAAAUCUGUGGGAUCACGAAGAAUUCAUUCAAGAUCCAACCUGCGGCUGGAUAAAAA